GUUAAUUUUGCUUAAUUUGAUUCACUCUAGUAGUGCAAGUUUUGACUUUUGAUCAGACAAAACAAGAAGUCCGAAGAGUCUCCCUGGGUUCUGGGAAAUUGUGAUGGGAAUGUUUAACUGUUUUCUGUUAUUUUAAAGACCAAAGGAUGAUUUUCUAUUACACAUUGUGCACAUUUGUUUUCUGGGUUUUUUUUUUCUCUCUAUAGAAGGCCAGUCGAUAAUUUCAGCAAGUUGGAAAAUUUCAAAAGUUGUAGGCAGUCCAGGGCCGCUGUUUUAGCAACCGAGUGGUUCAUUGUCUCGGUAGAAGAUCUUCGGUACAGUACAAUGACACUCCCCGGUUCUGUACCUGAAUCAUGACGCGAUGCUUGGUUUGAAGACUUUUCCCAGCCUCUGACCUGAUUUCCCGGCGUCCAUUAAUAACGUAAAUGCUUUAAUAAUCCACUAGAAGACAACAAUGGAUUUGCAGUUCGUAUUUUAAAAAGGACAUAAAGCGCUUUCUGUGGGUUUUUACCAACCACAUCAACUUUGCGAUGCCUCGGAUGUUUGUACAGUGUUGAGCGAGCUAACGCUACCACACAGUUUAACCGGCAAAUUUGUCAACAAAACUCUUAAGACACUAAUGGAGAAUGGCGGCGAAGUGUCCUCUGAGGUUCAGACUGUUUCCUCUGAUGAACCGAGACGACCAAACCCAGAGCUGAGGAAGCUGUUGGUUUUUAAAGUUUACAAGAGGAGGUGGUUUGUCCUGCUGGUGCUGUGUUUGUUAAACUGCUCCAACGCAACGAUAUGGCUGACCUUUGCACCAAUAGCGGACCAGUCUGCCCAGUACCUGAAGGUCUCUCUGGAAGAAGUCAACUGGUUGUCAGUGAUCUACAUGGUGGUGGCCAUACCAGUCAGCUUUGGGACCACGUGGAUGCUGGACACUCUGGGGCUACGGGUCACGUUGAUCCUGGGCUCGGGCCUGAACAUGUUUGGAGCCCUGCUGCGCUUCCUUGGCACGCCACGGGGCACGGCGGCUGAAGUCCGUUACGUAUUAGUGAUGCUGGGUCAGACUCUUGGUGCCCUGGCUCAGCCCCUCAUCAUUUUCACCCCCACCAAGCUGGCAGCUCUCUGGUUCCCCGACCAUCAGCGGGCCACAGCGAACACCAUCGCCUCCAUGUCCAAUCCUCUGGGCGUCCUUCUCGCCAACAUCAUCUCUCCUCUGAUGGUUCCAACAUCUGCACAAAUCCCUGUCCUGCUACUUGCCUAUGCAAUCCCGGCAUGUAUCAUCUGUUUCCUAGCAACAGUGGGGAUACGGAGCAGCACCCCACCAACGCCACCGUCAGCUAGUGCCGAGUCCUCGAGCUGUGAGCCGUUCAUACAGGGGAUCAAACUGUUACUGAAGAACAAAGCCUACCUCAUCCUGCUGCUCUGCUUCGGCUCGGGCAUCGCUGUCUUCACCUGCUUCUCCACGCUGCUGGAGCAGAUCCUGUGUGUGCAGGGAUACACCAAUGACUUUGCCGGCCUGUGCGGCGCUCUCUUCAUCGUGUUCGGCAUCGUGGGCGCCGGCGCUCUGGGACUCUAUGUCGACAAGACCAAGAAGUUCAUCGAAGCCACAAAGAUCAACAUGAGCUUCUCCGCUCUGGCGUGCAUCGCCUUCUCCGUGGUGUCUCUGAUGCCGCAGCAGAAAGCCGCCGUGGCCGCCGCCUGCUCUCUCUUCGGCUUAUUCGGUUUCUCCAUUUACCCGGUGGCCAUGGAGCUUUCUGUGGAGUGUUCGUACCCGGUGGGAGAGGCCACAUCAGCUGGGCUCAUCUUUGUAUCAGGGCAGGUUCAGUCUGUUCUCUACAUAAUCAUCCUCCAGGCUUUGACCAAACGUCUCGCCGACGCACCUCUGUCGACCUGCGGGGACGCCAACCUGAGCUGGAGAGUGCCGACGCUGGUGAUGGCCGGACUGUGCAGCGUCUUCACCUGCUGCUUCAUCAUCUUCUUCCACACCAGGUACAGACGACUGGAGGCCGAAGAGGAAGCGAUGUACGUGACCCCCCAAAUCAACGAUUCAGCGACCGACGAAGACGCUCCGAGUGUGGACACGUAAACCUGAAGCGAUAGAGAAACAGAGGGGAUUAUGGGUGUUAUCACAACUGCAGUUUGUUUUCUUUGGUACGAAACAGUAGAAAAGUUUAUUUUGGUAACCUCAGCUUAAUGAGUGAUUUUUUUUUUUUUUUUUGAAUAUUGGGGCCAAACUUUUUUGUACGUUGAGUUACAAUAACAGAUUCAACCUUAUGAUUGUUACUAACAAAUAAUCCUCAAAAUAUCACAAGACGAUAUAUCAACUAUUGAUCUGAUGAAAUAAGCUCAGCAGAUUGUUCUUGUCAUUCCAUUAUUAAAUGGAAAAUGUAUUUCCUAACACUGAUUGAUGGUGCGUUUUUACAGAUGAAAAAAAAAAAAAACCUUGAGGAAAUUUGUGUAAAUAUGUUUUUUUGUUUUUUUGUGAUGGCAGGUCUGUUUGAGGAAUCCCUGUCAGCUGGAAAACAAUUCUCUGAGUGGAAGCAAACAGUUAACAUUCCUGUUCAGAUCAGAUGAUUUAAAUGAUUAUUGACUUCAAGGUUAUUUUUUUAACAAAACUUACCUUUGAUUUAGGUAAUAAGAGAGAAAAUGAAGACAGACCGACACACCUGCUGCAGGGAAACAUCACAUCCUGUAGCUGAUCACUCCCAUUAUUCACCCAAAUAUAAUUCUGGGGGAGAGGUUAAGUCGAUUUAGACACGAGACCAAACUGCUGCUCUCGCAAAUAAAAAGUUUCCUUGAAAGCAACCACUCCGUGUACGGGAAGCUAAAUGGGACACCAGUGUGGAGUCUCAUUACACAACCUGCUCUGGAAAAAUGCACAUUAUCCAUUUAAGUCAAAUUUAACAGGUACAUCCUCAAACUGACUGUGUGUGUGUGUGUGUGUGUGUGUGUGUGUGUGUGUGUGUGUGUGUGUGUGUGUGUGUGUGUGUGUGUGUGUGUGUGUGUGUGUGUGUGUGUGUGUGUGUGUGUGUGUGAUAUCAUUGUGAUGGUUCAGCACAUGGCAGAGUUUGUGUAUCUGCAUUCCCUCAAUGCACCAACAAAUGCAUGAACUGUUGUACGACUCAAAGCACAGCGGGGCUUUAAGCUGCAGUGCAUUGUGGUCUAUGUCUUGCCACUGUGUAAGAACUGCGGGUUCUCUUUGAUUCUCAGGGUUUGACAACGAAACACCUGAAGCUUUACUGCUGAUGUUUUCUCCUCUGGAGCUGCUAGAAUAACUCGAUGUGCUGUCACAUCAUCGCUGGCUCGUCUGUAUCUUAUCCUUUGGUACUAAAUCCACUGUAAAACCUUUACUAACAUAUUCUGAUUGAAAUGCAUUACCUUCACGUUAAUCAGGCUUUCUGCAGGUUUCUCAAAACCAAAUGUUUUACUGUUUGUUAAAAUCCAAAUGUGUCAAUGUGCAGAUGAAACCAAACAGAAUAAUUCUACUAUUGUGCCACUAAUUAUCCUGUUCUGUCAUUUAAAGCGUGUCUGUCAUUGUGUUGUGGUCAUAGACCCAUAACAGCAUAUAACUACUUGUUAAAGCCUUAAUUUUGUAAAUGGACAGUUGUGGGUUUUGUGCAAUAAAAAAAAGAAACUGAUUGUGUUCACUGUGGGAACUGUUGGGUUUGUCUCUAUAUUUACUCUGUAAAGUGUAUAGAGUUCCUUUGUGUUAUGAUUUGGCGCUAUAUAAAUUAAAUUGAAAUCGACAAAAUAGGCAAAUAAAGGUUCUGUUUAUGGUAAAUGACACAUUUGUAUUUUAACUGUGCAUUGAAUGUUUUAUGUUACUGUUAAGACUAAUAAUGUUGUUUUCUAUCUUUCAAAGGAGGUAUUUUGUUGGACUUAAUUGAUGUGAAGUGAAGAUGGACGUGUGACUUCACCUGCUCCACCUUUUUCCUUAAGAGUUGAUCAUGCGUAAGACACAUACAUCUGUAAAUACAAGCACUUCUUCAAAUUUCUAAAUUAGAAAAUAAAACAAGACUUGGUCAAAACAUUG